UCGGGAGAGGAAGUCAUCAUCCAGCAUCUAAACGCUGCCUUUUUUUUGUGCACAUCUCAAGUGAAAUCGGCAUGCGUGGCUAAACUACACACACGAAUCUAACACGUGUGUAGCUAGUGUGCGUAUUUAUAUCACAGCGUGUUGCCGCGGUGAGGUUUAACGUUUCCCACCGUUAGCAACUGUCAGACUCACGUUACAGCAACAAACUGCAGGACAAACACUGGUGAGUGUUAGCAAGCACACCAGCUAGCUAACGGUGGCUGGAAACAAAUGAAAUCGCGUCUGGUGAAAGCUACUCCGGGGCCCGAAGCGACAACACGACAACCGCAGUAACCCAAAGUUGAAGUUAGCGUUAUCAGGAAGCAUGCACUGAGAGGUUUUCUCGGCUCCGCGCUGCGAGAUUGUGGCUUUAGCUGGGCUCAUAUCAGAUGGAGGACAAAUUCACUGCAGUGAUCCGAUCAGCUGAUUCAGAACAUUCAGCGACUAUGCCUGCAGUUGGACUGCUUUUGUAAACGUGGUAAGCAUGGCUUCUCGUAAGGUAGAAGAGCCACCAAGUGAUGCCAAGAAUUUGGCAUCGGCCUCUGCACAGCUCUCCCGAUGCAGCCCCAAUGACAUCACGGAGGAGCCUCAGCCAGAUAUGAUGAAUGCUGCUGUAAAAUCCCAGAAAUCUGGAAAAUUCAGGAGGACUGCCCUGACAUUUUUUGGAGUUCGCAAAAGCAUCUGUAUUUUACCUAAUUUUUUUGGAGGGAGGAGUAAAAAUCCGAACAAGUGGUCUUCUAAGAAAGGAAUCAACAAAAGCAGAACACAUGAUGGGCUAAGUAAGAUUAGUCACGAUGACAAUCUUAGAAGUGGGUACACCUCAGCUGGAGACUUUGAGUACCACAGCCAGAGGGAUUCUGCUGGAGAGCUCCACAGCUGCUGUCACAAUGAAUGUAGUCACCCUGCUGCUGACCACAAAUCUCUGACUCUCACUCGUCAGAAAAGGGGUUUGAGGGGUCUUUUUCAAAGUUUAAGGUAUCACAGAAACCAUAGAAAUGCUGGAUUGGAUAAAACUGAAAUGAUUGCAAUGUCCUCUCCGCGCUGCAAGAAAGAGGUGCCUGUUGUCCAGGACAACGCCAAGCAGUACGUCACGGAGUGCCUGGGAUCUGAACCGGAUGUGCCUGAUUUUGCAGAUGUCAUAUGUGAUGCUGGUGCCGAAUGUAUUGAUGCUGAUGAGAUGCCAUCAGAUAAAAGCGUGGAGAAAAGCAGCCCAAAGUCUGAGCUUGAUGACGAGAUGGAAGAAAUUAAUUUGAUGGCCGUCGUUUCUAAUGAAUUAAAGGAGAGUUAUCGAGGACACAGCGAGCCCUGUCUGAAACUUCAGAUGAUGUCAGAGCCCAUAUUGAAGUCUGAAACACCUGCCGGCUCAUCGGAUCAGCUCAACCUGAUUUAUGGAGACGUCGCAUCAUUAAAGAGUUUUGAUUCGCUCACAGGUUGUGGGGACAUAAUCGCAGAUCAAGAGGACGACAGCAUGACGGAGAGCACUGUUUCUGGAGAAAGGAGCAGAAAUGGAGGAAAGAGGGCGUCUUGUUUUCUUACUUAUCAGGGUGGUGGGGAAGAAAUGGCCUCCCCCGAAGAUCUGGAUGAGGAGUGUCUUCAGGAUUUCUGGGGCAAAAAUGCGUCAGAGGAAAUAUGCUGCACAUGCAAUCAAGACCACACAGAUUUGACUGCUGACCUGACAAGUUCUCACAAUAUGGACUUACUGAACAGUAACAGUGCACAGCAAGCCAGCGGCAUGGACGCUUCCUCAAUCGCUGACGUGUUAACUCCUCAAAGUGAGCAUCAGGAAUCAGUUCCAAACAGCGAUGAGGGCUACUAUGAUUCAACCACCCCAGGGCCAGAUGACGGACAAGAAAAAAACGACAGACUGAGGGCAGAGAGGUUACCCAGGGACAGCUACAGUGGUGAUGCUCUCUAUGAACUUUUUGCACCUGAUGAGAGUCUCAUCAGUCCACAUUACGAAAACAAAUCAAAACAGCCCAGUUCAAAACAGUAUUUAAGCGAGCCAGUCGAUGUGACAGAUUCCACCUUUGUUCCAGACAUGAAUCGAUUGCAAAUAAGUCCUGAACUGUUUGAAGAUUUUUUAGAGAUGCCAAGCACUUGCAGUAAAUCCCCGGAAAUGGCCCAAAAUAUUGCUGGUCAGCAGGAAAUCGUCAUAAAUAAAAAUUUGAAUUCCAAACCCCAAGGAUUGCUAAACAAGAAUAAUAUAGAACCAGAUGUAUUUGAUGAAAAAGGAAACAUGCCUGCCUCCAAGGAAAAGAGAACAAAAUCCAUAAAUGCCGAUUGUGAGAAAAGGCACAGCAGCUUAUCAUUCGGAAGCACGUCCGACCCAGAUUUUGAAACAUUCUGUGAACCCAAAGAGCAGCAUCUUGAGGAAAACAAGCCCGUGGCUUUACCGUACAAAAAUAUUAAUUCCCAGUCUGCAGAUGACAACAAUGACUUAGAUGACGGGCAGACUGUCUGUUUCUCUCAAGCACUCGUGGACUACACAAAACACUCUCAGAUGCUGAGUAACUUGCACGAUAAUGUGGAAGAUUUGGAAACGAAUUCUGCCUUCACGUCAAAUAUGCAGGCCUUACCCACCAUAGUCACGUUCGAUGUAGUGGACAUGCAUAAUGAGGGCGAAUAUGAUGAGCAUAUUCAAAUGGAGCUGGAGGAGGACAUCUCAUCGCCCUAUCAAGAGUUUGAAGAAAGUUACCUGCAAAAAGAUGCGUUUGCCGAAUGUGACUAUCAAAUGUUGGACCUGUACGAGCAGAACCUGAUCAGUAACACAUGGGCUAUUGCUAGUCUCCCACGGCACCUAGGCCUUACAAGAGUGAGUCAGUCCAUGCCUAAUCCAUUGUCUCUAGACAGGAGAAGUAGGUCUCUGGACACAGAAAGCCUUGAGCUGAACAUGCCCGACAGACACAGGGAGAACAGAGCUGCUCUCGUUUCUCGUCCUCAAAACGAAAAGGACUCUAAAAGAGAUUCCUCAGCUUAUUACAAAAAGAAUGUACUCGUGUCUGCAUCGGAGGUUAGAGACAGUAGCAGCUUUAUGGCCUUAUCAUGGCAAACAAGGUCAGAAAUGGCUUUAAGCCUUCCUCUGACAGAUGGGGAAAUCACUGAGAAAGUACUCAGUCUCAGUCAAACCCAAGUCAAACACAACAUGUUUUCUAGUUCAUCCAGCAGUGAUUGUCCUAACAGCAAAUUGCAGCAUCUUUGCUCUAAGGUGUCCAAUAGGGUGCCUUGUGAUUUAAUUUCACAGAGUACAGAGCUGUACAACAGGCACCUUCCUCUGCAGUCAGAGUCUUGUUUACCUCAUAGCACCUUUGUUUAUUCUGGAAUGAUCGAUGAUGAAUCAGAUGAUGUUGAUGAGGAUGUUUUUUGUAACGCUGCCACUAAUUUGCAGUCCUGUAAUCAGUGUAGUAAAAGCAGACCGGUGGCUAGCAGGGAAGGAUUAUCUCACACUGGGAGUCCUGUGAACACAGGUGUGUCUAAAGAUGAAACAAGAACGACCAGAGACAUGGCCUGCAACAAACUCUCCGAGGCAACCUUUAAUUAAAAGGCUCUUGGUGUUGAGAUCACUUGUGCUAAUGAGCGCUUUUAUGUCACAUCCGAGGGAGUAAUUGUUCAUUUUUUACUUGCACAACUGAUUCAUUAAAAGAGCUGUUGUACACUGUAAGAAACAGGACAUAAUGGUCAGUGUACUUUUUGGUCUUUGAAUAUUCCUUUCAGAAACAGAAAUGAAAAAAGGAAAAUAAAAUG